AUGAAGGAAAGUGAUUGCCCUCAGUCCUUGCAAUUUUGGGAGCUUUCAUUUGUGGUGCUGACUGGAAAAGGUUGAAAGCUGUGAUCAAGUUCAGGAAGUAGAUGGGUAAGAUCAUGUGGUUGUGUGUACUUGUGUUAAUGGGUCUGUGCAACACUGUUGUGUCAAAAUCACUCAUCAAGUCUCUACCUGGCUUUCCUGGUAAGCUUCCCUUCAAACUUGAAACUGGAUACAUUGGUGUAGGAGAAUUAGAAGAUGUGCAGCUAUUUUACUACUUCAUUGAGCCAGAGAGGAAUCCAAGUGCUAACCCAUUAAUGCUUUGGCUUACUGGAGGUCCUGGUUGUUCUGCUCUUUCUAGCCUCAUAUAUGAAAUAGGUCCAUUAGCUUUUGACUCUGGAAAUUCCAAUGGGCACAUUCCAACAUUUGUAUUGAACCCAUACUCAUGGACAAAGCUAGUCUCCUCUCAAUUUGUUUCUCUAGCCAUGAUGCUGAUUAUUUUGCCUCUCGUCUUCUUCUUAGAACAUCUCAAUCAGGAGAGACAUUUAGAGUAG